GGUAGGGGGGGUGUGCAGUGACACAAAAUGGCCAACCCCCCCAGUCCUGAUCAUGUGCCGAAGUGGCCGGUGUUGAGUGAAGCUGAACUGGAGGAAUUGGCCCCCAGAUCUGAAGAUGGUGGACCGGGACUGGUGACCAGAAUGAAGAGGAGACUCAGAUGUUCUGGGACGGUCGCGAAAUCCCUUCUCCUGAAAUUUAUUCCGAUCCUUAAUUGGCUGCCGAGAUAUCCCGUCAAAGAGUGGCUGUUGGGGGAUAUAAUAUCCGGGAUCAGCGUUGGCAUCAUCCAGCUCCCUCUAGGUUUAGCGUAUGGCCUGCUGGCCGGAGUCCCCCCAGUCUUCGGUCUGUACUCCUCCUUCUAUCCUGUAAUUCUGUACUCCAUAUUCGGCACAUCCCGACACAUCUCCCCAGGAACCUUCGCUGUCAUCUCUGUGAUGGUCGGAAGUGUGACAGAAUCCCUGGCACCAUCGGAUAAUUUUAUUCUACCGGGUAAUGAGUCAUGGGUGGAUGAGGCGGCCAGGGAUGCGGUCAGGGUCCAGGUGGCAUCAUCCCUAACGCUGUUAGUUGGGAUAUUUCAGAUCUUGUUGGGUCUGGUGCAGUUCGGCUUUGUGGUGACGUACCUUUCGGAUCCUCUGAUUCGCGGUUACACCAGCGCAGCGGCUGUUCACGUGACUGUGUCUCAGCUGAAGAGCAUUCUGGGAGUCAGUAUCAGCCAAAGGAGCCACCCGCUGUCACUCAUCUAUGCCAUUGUGAAUAUCUGCGCCAAGCUGCCCAAGACGAACGUCGCCUCUCUCCUCAUCGGUGUCAUUGCCAUCGUCGUCCUGUUUGUGGUGAAGUUCCUGAACGAGAAAUACAACUCGAAGAUCCGAUUUCCUAUACCGAUCGAGCUGAUCACGCUAAUUGUGGCCACUGGGAUAGCGUACGGGGCCGAUCUGAACGAAGCGUAUGGCGUGGGCAUUGUCGGAGACAUCCCCACUGGGCUGAAGGCUCCAGUUAUUCCAGACGUUUCCCUCUUUGCCAGUGUGGCCGGCAAUGCUUUUGCCAUAGCCGUGGUGGUCUACGCCUUUACCAUCUCUCUGGUGAAGAUGUUCGCGGUGAAGCACGGUUACAACAUAGACAGUAACCAGGAAUUCAUCGCUCUCGGUCUCAGUAAUUCUGUGGGAAGUUUCUUCCAGUGUUUCACAAUCGGGACGGCCAUGUCGAGGAGUCUGGUGCAGGAGAGCACAGGAGGGAACAGCCAGGUCGCAGGGGGCGUGUCAUGUUUGGUUAUUCUCGUCAUCCUUCUUAAGGCCGGUGAGCUGUUUAAGACUCUGCCAAAAGCAAUACUGGCAUCAGUCGUCAUUGUGAACUUAAAGGGCAUCUUCAAGCAGUUCAGAGAUAUACCCCUGCUAUGGAGAACAAACAAAAUUGACUUGGUGGUCUGGCUGGUGACAUUUGUGGCCACGAUACUCCUGAACUUGGACUUGGGACUGGCGGUUUCGGUGGCCUUCUCUCUCCUGACUGUCAUCGUUAAGACACAGCUGCCUCAUUACUCCAUUCUUGGGCAAGUUCCCAGUACUCACAUUUACAGAGAUGUGGCUCAGUGCCAACAGCUCCAGGAAGUGCGUGGCAUUAAGAUUUUCAAGUCUUCAGCAACAGUUUACUUUGCUAAUGCCGAUUUAUAUGCAAACGCAGUUAAAAAGAUGAGUGGAAUCGAAGUGGAUAAACUGAUUGAGAUGAAGAAAAAAGCUAUUAAAAAGGAAGCUCAGCUACAGAAAAAGGCUGAAAAACGGGCCAAGAAAGAACUGAAACGAAGGAAAGGAGGGAUGGAACUGGCGAAUGAGCUUGAUUCGAUUGCUGUUCACAACUUAAGCACCACAGAUACUGAGAUCCAGAAAGACCGCGGACUCUUGGAAGAGAACACCGUAAACUGCCUAGAACAAAAUCUACCUCCCAUCCACUCACUCAUCCUGGAUCUGAGCACCGUUAGUUUUGUAGACACCGGCAGCAUUAAGAUGCUGAAAAAUCUAUUUCGUGAUUUCCAUGAAAUCGAUGUGAACGUUUACCUCGCGGGAUGUCAUGAGAGUGUUCUGGAAGAGCUGGAGGUGGGGAACUUUUUCAGCAAGACGAUCACCAAGUCUCAGUUAUUCCCGUCUGUCCAUGAUGCCGUCACUUUCAUCACAGACUCAUCAGAACAUCAAGAAGUCCAAGAGAAUCACAUCUCUUUCACAAGGAUGUAAAGAGAAGAGAGCGCCGUAG